AUUAUUUUCUGAAAAAUAUUGGCCUUCAAGCACAAAGAAAAAGUCUUGUUUAAUUUUUAAAUUCGUUUUGCUGAGUUAGCAGAUAUAACCUAGCUGGCUAGCUACUCAUUUAAAAAUAUGCAAUAAAGAAGAAGAAAAUAAGUAGCUUUCACGAGCUCCAACAACUUUUUACAAACUUAUGAUUUUACAUUAAUUUCUGUUUUAAAACAAACCUUGGGUUGUUCCUAACUAUUGUUUUUUUUAAAUUUUUCUCACAAUAGCUUUUGUUUUUUUUGAAAAAAAUCUCAUUACCAUUACAUAUCAUGAUGCAUCUAACCGCUGUCAAAAGAAAAAUAUUCAAAAAAAAAUUUGGCACAUCAUUUUAAAGCUAGCAGAAAUUAGGGGUGAGGCGCUAUAGAUGAGUUGCAGCGUGUCGUAGUUGUUUUAAUCAUACUCAUACAAAAAAAAGAUUGUCUGGAAAUUUCGGGCCGCCCCUAUUGUUUUGAGAUUAAACCAGAGAAUCUUGCGAUGGUCCGCUAACAUUGCACAAAAUUUAAAAAAAUUGCCACUCAAAGGGAAGACUUUUUGGAGGGAAAAGAUCUUGGCGACUUGUAUUACUUGCUUGAUGGUGGUUUUAUAGAAAAAGAUUUUGAAAUUGAUAAAGAUUUUACAUGAUUGAAGAGUCAUUAGAAAAAAGUUUUAAAUGUAGCUUAUGUGAUAAAGUUUGUAAAACAUAAUGAGGACUCGCGCACAAGACACAAAGCACACCAUCAUAUAGCUCCACUUCAAGUUACCCCAUCUACAUCACAGUUAAACCAAAAGGAAGAAAACAUUCUUAAGAAGUUCCACCCACUUCAACUUAAUAAGAUAGUAAAAAACAUUGUGUCUAAAACAAUGGGCAUACGCACGCAUGCGCACAGGCAAGAAAUAUAAAGGACAGACUGCAAAGAUCAAAAAAAUCAAGUUAAAAAAGUAACUUCUUUUUGAAAUAAUUAAAACCUGUUUGUAAAACAAGAAAAUGAUAGUUAAGAAAAACCAAUUUCAGUUGCUUUUAGAUCGUUUAUUCCUUAAAUCUAUGAAUUACAGGAAAUAGUCAAUUUUUUAUGUGGUCCUUCUUUUAUUGCCUGUGAAGAUGCACGCGCAUAUACAGAACUUUGUAAAACAUUCACAAUUCAUCUAUGGAGAAGGGAAUUUAUUUUUACAUAGGUGAAUAUUUAUCAUAGCACAUCCGUAUUUCAUUCUCAACAGAGAAUGCUUCACCCUGGUCAGACCUCUGAUCAUGACGGGCGAGUAUAAUGCGUGUAAGUCAUAUUGUAGAGGAACUACUUUGUUCAUCAAUAACACACUGCCUGGCAGUGAGCAGCUCCCAGUUCUGGGAACCAUGGAUCAAAUCCCGCUCACUGCCAGGCAGUGUGUUAGUGAUGAACAAAGUAGUUCUUCUACAAUAUGAAUUUAUUUUUACUUUAUGCGCCAUCUUUGUUGUAAUUAACGUUUCUCUGUAAUAAUCAUUUCUUUCUGUACAAAUCCACAAACGCGAAAAUUAAAGAUAUAUUCGGCAGAACUAAUUAAUUAUUCAUGAAUUUUAAUUUAGACAGGAAUUGUUGAGGCUGAAUAUUCUUGGUGAAAAAAAAUAUUAUUAUAUAUACCCAAAAAAUUGUGACAAGUGUGUUACAACAGAAAAAAAUAUGGAUAUAAAGUCUGAAAAUAACCUUUCGUAACUAAUUAUGUAAAGAAAAAAAUUCUGAUUUUUAAAAGGGUUACUGGCACCUUAAUGUAGAAUGUAAUAUUAUAGUGCAAACUCAUCAUGGAUCAAGAACUACCUAUUAGACAUGUUAAGAAGAUAAUGGGUUCAAACACAGUUAUAUCUCGUUUUGGAGCAGUGACGAAGAAGUGUAAUUAUUGUAUCAUUUUCAUACCUGGAAACCCUGGCAUCAUAGAAUUUUAUGAUGUGUUUUUAUUAAAAUUGCAUCAGUUGACAGGUUGUCGAAUACCAGUUAUUGGCAUCGCCCAAGCAGGACAUUCGCCAGCUUGGGAAUAUGCUGAAGUUGACACCAGUGGAGAAUUCUUCACCGUUGCUGAGCAGAUUUUACACAAGAUCGAAUUUAUUCAAACUGAGUUACCUCCAAAGACAAAACUUUUGCUAAUUGGACAUUCCGUUGGCGCGUAUAUUGUUUUAAAAAUGCUUGAAAACCAUGCUAUUAGCCAACGUUUAAUCCAUGCUAUAAACUUAUUCCCAGCUAUCGAAGAUUUAAAAGACACUCCAAACGGGAGAUUUUGGAUGCCUGUUUCAAAAUAUUGUCGGCUGCCGUUUGCUUUGUUGGCCUUUGUUUUUAGUUUUGCACCUAACUGGUUUAAAAACGCACUAGUGGCAUGGAGGGCUAAAGGAAGACCAGUUCACGAGAAGAUUCUCAAGCCGUGUCAUUCGUGUGUGAGUUUCUCGUUAAUGAAUCACGCGCUGUACAUGGCUGCGACAGAGAUGGAUGACAUGAAUGAACUAGACGAAAGCAUAAUAGCCAUUAUACAUAAACAUGAAUCGAAGCUGACAUUUUAUUAUGGGUCCGCAGACAAAUGGGCUCCACUUUCCUUUUAUGAACGCAUGAGAAAUCGAUUUCCAAAAGUCGACAUCAGACUUUGUGAUUGUGGAUUCCCACAUGAUUUUGUUCUCGAUUCGUCAGAACAAGUUGCAAAAUUGUGCUUCGAUAUUUUCCAAGACAGGAAUUGCCUUUUCAACGUCAGUUCGAGUGAUGAUGAAGACGAGUGAUUUUUCGAGUCGUUUUACUUUUUUAAUUUUUUUGUUUGCUUUACUUUUGUUAUUAUUUUGUUGUUCUUUUUUUUCGCAUAUAUAGUUAUUUAUUGCGACACGUGACUUUUAAACGUGAAGGAAGAGAUCUUCAUUUACACUAGUACAAAAUAUUGCCUUAAGGGAUUAAUUUUCAUGGCAUUUUAUUUUUUUCCUUUUUUUGAUGUACACUAAUAUUUUCUAGAAUAGAUGAUUGACGUCAAAAAUAAAGUGAAAGGUCGUCGA